ACAGGGAGUGAGGAUCUGUCAGUCUUGCUGGAUGAACUUGCGGAAUGUGUUGCACGGAACCAAACGAUUCCCACAAUGCUUAGAGAGGAAAGGAGGGCUCAUCCAGAGGAGGCUGGGAUUUCUUUUUAAACACCCUCCUCCAGCCAUGCUUCUCAACUCCAUUAUGUCUUAUUUGUGCACUUGUUCUUCCUGCGGCAUCCUCACUGUGUAUCCCUUUUAGUGGAUUUGUAAAAGAGACAAUAACUUCCUCUCUUUGCCUUUGCGUGGAAAUAAACAGAAAGUCUGCCGCUUCAUUUCAACACCGGGGUCACAAGAAAACUGUGGAAACACGGAAAUCAAUUAUAUGAACAAGGGCUUCUGAGUCAGCAAAGUGCUUUCAGUAUCAAAUAAUAGAGCUCUGGGGAGAGAGUUUCUCUCCCAGCCUCCCAUGGUCAUGCCUGCGUCCUCAGUCCAGGGAUGACCGUCACCCCUAAAAAACACAGUGCUCAACCUGGUUCCUCCUCUUACAACGACACAAGUCCCAGAUCUGGUGCGGUGCAGAUGGAUGAGGUUGAAGGCCUGCGGUUGAAGCUCUCCUCUGAAGACUCGCUGGCUUCCUCCUUGGCUGAGCCCAUCAACCUAGAAGAGUCCCAUUAUGCUUUGCUGCAAGGCGAGCUCGAGUCCGACCACCAGAACCUGGAGGCGGAGUCGUGGAGCGGGGCCGUGGACCAGAACUACCUGAAGGCCCUGAACAAAGAGGCUGUGAAGAGACAGGAGGUCAUCUACGAGUUGAUCCAGACGGAGAUGCACCAUGUACGCACCUUAAAAAUCCUUCACCGUGUGUACCUGCACGAGUUCAGGCAGUCUUCGCUGAUAGAGGAGGCCAGGCUGGAGCGGCUCUUCUUUGGUGUGGAAACCCUGCUCAACCUCCACCAGCAUUUCCUUAACUGCCUCAAAGUGCGCCAAAACCAAAGUCAGGAGGAAGGAAGCCCAAACAACUACCAGAUCACUCAACUGGGGGAUAUUCUCAUCUCUCAGUUUUCAGGUUUACUGGGAGACGGAAUGAUGGAGUGUUACGGUGUUUUCUGUGGUCAUCAGAUUGAAUCCAUCAGCUUCUACAAAGAGCAGCUGCAGAACAACAAGAAACUGCAGAUCCUUACAAGGAAAAUAAGUCAGCUGGCUCUGUUGCGAAGGUUGGGAGUCCCUGAGUGUUUUCUGUUGGUGACUCAACGCAUCACAAAGUAUCCCGUCCUGGUGGAGCGAAUUAUACAGAACACUGAAGCUGACACAGACGAGUACAAGUCUCUGGUUCAGGGUUUGACGCUGAUCAAAGACACCAUAUCCCAGGUGAACGCUCGGGUCAGUGAAUACGAGAAAGCCGCCGGUCUUAGAGACAUCGGCCAGCGUCUGGAGCCAAAAUCUCAGGGCCGGAUGAAGGACGGACAGGUGCUCCGCAAGGAGGAUCUGCUCCAGGAAAACAGGACACUGCUGCACGAAGGCAGCGUCACCUGGAAGUCCUCCACUAGACAAAAAGAAAUCCAGGCAGUGCUGCUGUCUGACAUGCUCCUCCUCUUACAAGAGAAAGAUCAGAAGCUUGUUUUUGCUUCUGUGGAUAACAAACCAUCAGUGAUCUCCCUUCAAAGGCUGAUUGUCAGGGAAGUGGCUCAUGAAGACAAAGCCAUGUACCUCAUCUGUGCAUGCACCACGAGCAAGCCGGAGAUGUACGAGAUCCACACACGCUCCAGAGAGGAAUGCAUCACAUGGUCCGGGCUGAUUCGGGAAGCUGUGAACUGCUAUCCAGAAGAGCAGAAGUACCGCGAACUGACUGCGAAACUGCAACAAUAUCAAGAUAUCCUAAAUGUGAGGGAUGAGCAGAUAAAGCAAAGUCUGACAGAGAAGCAGCAGAUCUUUGCUGCUCUCUACGAGACAAUGACGGAGCAGGAAACCCCCCACAAAGGGCUGCUGCUCCGAGGAGACCCCACUGACCUCCAGCAGGGGACGCCGCUGCUCCAAGGAGCCAUCAAUGAGGUGGAAAUCCUGCAGAACCUGCUCUUCUCAAGGAUUCCCAGAGACCCAAACCUUCUUCUGGAUGAGAGUAACAUGCAGGAGGGGCCGGUCAAGAGGGCAGACACCUUUGGAGUGGCCGAUAAUAACACGGCUGCAAGCGCCGUGAAAAAUGGAGAUGCAGCCGAGAGGCCAGGUGGCAGCGAGGACGGUGAAGCCAAGAGUUGCAGCUCUGAGAGCCUGGAACAGUUUGCUGAUGACGACACACACAUGCCAAACUGCAAUUUAACCUCCAGUCAUUCCCCCGAGGCAGAGGUGUGGGACAGGGUGAUACUGCUCGCACAGAGGCUCUACAGUUUAGUAGCAAUCAUCGCUAAGCAGGACAGCCAGAUUGAGCUGCUGCACACUUUUCAGACUAAGAGCAAGCAGCCCGCACGUCACUACAGCAGUGUGCUGCUCGAGCAGGAGAAGCAGCGCAACUUAAAGAAGCAGAAGGAGGAACUUGCCAACUUGCAAAAGCAGCAGGCUAAGCAUCAAGAGGCGCAGCAGCGCUGGGACAAGGAGAGGGAGCGGCAGAGGGUGCAGAUCGAAACGCUGGAGGCUCAGCUGCAACAGAGGGUGGAGGACUGCCGAAGGUGGGAGGAGAAGCUCAACGAAGAGAAGGCUUCACUGGAGGACCUGAAGGAAAACUAUCAGCAGGACCUGGAGAGGCUGAGGGAGUCCACGAGAUCAGUGGACAAAGACAAGGAGCGUCUCAAUCAUGAGAGGGAGCGUCUGGAGCAGCUGCAGGAGAAAAUAAAGAAGUUAAUCCCAGGACAGUCCAACUAUGAAGAUCCUACGCAGUUCUUGACUCUCUCCAGUUACCAGUCGUUCAGGGGAAGCAUAGUGAACGGAGGUGGGACCUUAACUCCAAAGCCACGCGUCUUGCCCACCAACUCCAACUCCUUGGAAGUUCCUCCAAAGGUUCCAGUGCGCAGGGAGAGCAUCAGCCCCCAGCCAGCCAAGCCCGAGCUGCCAUUCCACCUGAUCGGCACCACCAAGCAGGGGCACAAAGCUGCGGCCGUUCAGCAGCAGAUCCCCACCAAGCUGGCUGCUCUGUCCAAGGGAAAGGAUAAAGUUUUCAAGACGAAGCGAUCCCACCAGAGAACGCACAGUGCAGCCUCUAUAGACGUGAACCAGAUGCUGCCCAUCCGAGUCACCGGGAAUGAAGGAGGCAGUCUGAGAGCCAAAAGGAACGGCAGCCCUCAAAGAAGAAUACAGUCGGGUGCCUUUGACCCGCCAGGAUCUGUCCGCAGCAUGAAAAUGUCUCAGUCCUUCAGCACGCACAAGAGGAGCAGCGACGAUCUACCACCAGUGCCGCCUCCUUUUCCCAAAGAAGUUCUCGAAGCCGGCAAAGAGAAGGUGACCUUUCUUUAAUCCUAAACUACAGACUGGAGUUUGGAUGAGGCCUUAGUCAUCUAAAAGACUUGUACACAUGGAAAGAGUGAUGGAGCUCAUAAAAGACGUUGGACCUAAUGAAGCACGAAGAGGACCGUCACUAUUUUGGUAUUUUAUCACGGGAAACCAGCUGUUUGUGUUCAGAUUAGCUGCAAAUGAAAAGAGUAAAGAAAUACUGACAUGCUUUGUAAAGAUAUGGACAUUGGGUUUAAAAAAGAAAUGUACAAAGUUCAGCCCAUUUUUUAUUUUUAAUCAUUUUUAUUUUAAAUGAAAGUAGGUGGUCUUUAACCGUUAGCCAUCGUGUCUUAACCAUUAAGCUUUCUUUUGUGAGGGAGUUGUAGAUAUGCCAACAUCUGUUUAGAUAUGAGAUGCCAAGCGCAAACUUUUUAUUUCAGAAUGAAUCGGAGAACUGAGAAAUGUGUACUGUAGUCCUGCUCCUCAGCAUGUCUUGUAAUCAAAUCCUGAAAUGAAUGGGGGGGGGGGUGGAAGAAACUACAUUUCGGUGUAAAGUUGUUUGUAAAUACCUUCAACUGUUUUGUGCACUUCCUGACUCGGCAGGUUGUUUCCGUUUAUAACCAGCUGCUGGAGGCAUUUAUGAGAAUGUAAGAGAGUUAUUUCAGAGUGGCGUUCCCUGUUAACUAAUGUUCUGUCAUUUAACAUGUUGAUGAAUGACCGCGGUCUCCUUUUGAUUCCAUUUAAAAUUUCUUCCAAAUCCAGACGAAUGGGUCAAGGAAUAAAAAGAUUGACUUGA